UUCUGAGAAAGUGUAAUCCCAAAGAUAACAUGUGUUGCAGCUAGACGAGCCGGAUUUAGACGGAGAGGAAGCAUUUCGCCUGACUGUGUUAAACAAGGUAAAGUCCGGGAUUGGCGUGGCCGUCAGAGAGGGCGAGGUCAAGAUUACAGUGAACAACGUUCACCCUUUACUCAACCUCCUGGGCAUCAAACACACUGACGACAGGGUGCUCAACAUGACCACACAGGCCCUCACCCAAUCUCAGGGGGACGUACGUCUGCAUGACUUCUACAAAUGUGUGACACAAAUAUUACAAUUUUCUGAUGAAUACUAUGAGGAAAUUACACGGAAGGCCUUUUCUGUCGUUGAUGUUGAUGGAGAUGGUUCUAUCACUGGCGCUGACAUCUACCGACUGAUGUUGUCGUUAGGGGAGGUCAUCAGUGAUGACGAAAUUCUCCAAAUACUAAAAUCGGUUGAUAGUGAUGGUGACGACAGGAUAAGUUUCGAAGAUUUUCAAAGGUUCCUUACAAUCGAAGACGACAUAACGAAUUCCAGUCUUGAUGAAGACAUAACAGAUUCCAAUAGUCACCCUGAAAGAUGUAAUAACAUACCUUUUCAUGCAAGGAGGAAGAGUCUAUUCCUCUACCGAAAAUUACGAGCUGCAUUAGCUUUCUUGAACACACAAAAUGCGGUGAAGCCAAGGGAGGCUGCACCUGUUAAAAGACAAGAUACGCGAACGAGUUCCACAAAUUGUAAACCUCAACAAGUGUCACCACCUAUUAUCUCAAAGAAGAGACCAGAGAUUAAACGACUGUCAGUAGUUGAGGCCGUUUGGGUUAGAACUGAGGAUCAAAGUCUUGUCUUUUCUAAUUCACCCACGUGCAAUAAACAAUCUAAUUGUCUUGGAUUUGUGACGAAAGAAGGAAAUGAUCAAACACAAUUGUCUUCGCAUUACCACACGCUAAAGUCGUUCAGACGAAAAUCAGAUCCCUACACCACGAAGAUUGAUGGAUGCCUCUCCAAGAUGUCAGAUGGCGCACUGACACGUGUACGUAGACUAUCACGUGAGGUGGAGCAGGAGCCGCUGUUUGUCAGAGGUCGAUCUUCCUCCACUGUACAUGCCAUCAUCCACCAGAUUGACGACCUCGGACAUCUAGAGACAUCACAGAAAGAUAACCAGGAUCCAGGGAGUGAUACAAGGACAAGCAAACAGGAACUCCUGGUGAACCAAAGUUCCGAUGCAACUGCUGUUGGAUCUCUCUCACCUCCACGUGCAAGGAAGAAGAAAUGUUUGAACGUGUACAUUAACCCAAAUGAGGUGAUAUCAAGUCAAAAUAGUUCCAAGGAUCAAGACAAACCUUUGGUUGUUUCAAGGAGAUCUGUUGAUAUGCUGCCUGAAAAUUAUAAUGACCCGUCGCAGUUUACUGCAAGCAAAGACAGUGUGGAACCCAUUACAUGUGGUAGUAGUCCAGACCAACAGUUCUGUGUAUAUGGUGAAAGGAAAAACAUGGCUGGUUUCCGGAUCGCUUCAAGGCAUGAACAUCAUCUGUGGAAGACAUUAAUAACUACAUCCAACGACGACAACUUGCUAAGAUGCGCUGCACCAAACUCUUUGUCCCAUCGUUCGUACAAUUCCUUUUCGAGAAGGCUAGAGAGGCAGAAACCUUUUCCAUCACAUCGUCGUAACGGCGAACAACAUGUGAACAAAGCGUCGUUUCUGACGCUUGAGUUUCCAGCGGAGAAGAUACACAAGCCAAGGUAUAAACGUCCCUCCCUGCUUACCCAACUCCCUGUGGGUAGCCACAGAAGGAAAAACUUGCCAGUGUUCCUGGGAUAGUUAUAGAGGCAUUCCAAAGUUACAUUCUGGACCGAAUUGAUUUGUCACUGAAUAUAAGACCCGUGUUAUCUUAUUCAUGUUUAUUAGGAAUUCCAUUUUUUUCAAAAACACGUGGAAUUUGUUUUUCCAAGUGAAUAUAUUUACAAAACAUACAUGCAAUAAUUUCAGCGUCGAUUUCAAUAAAACAGUUUGUUUUAAAGAAAUUACCUAAAUUUCGUCAUUGCCAAAAUAACCAGUUUUGACUAUCAUCUGAAUCAGAUUCCAAAUGGCUGGGGCAGGCAUGUCAAUAGACAACUGAAAUUAGUAAUUAUUGAGACAGCUUGAUAAUACUGAAUUCAAAAACUGCAGCUGCCAUCUGAGGUUUAUGCAAAGGUUAUUGG